AUGGAUGCGGCACUGGGCCAUCUGCCGGAUCCGGCCUUCGUGCUGCGCGCCUUCUACGUCGCCGCCUCUGCUCUUAUCCUCGCUGUACAGGCCGCUCCCGCCCUCAGAAGCCGCUUUCUUGCCUAUGGCUCUCGUGCGACGUCGCCAGCCGGAAAGGCGACCUCAGCCUCGAAGCGGAAGAGACGCACCCGCGCCGAACAGCUCCUGGACUAUGCUGCAAGCUUCCAGGUGCCGCACAACUACUUUGCACACUUUUAUGUCGUCUCGGUAGCAAGCUCGCUUUUCUGGGCGUGGAAGCUCCAGCUGUGGAACGCUCACGGGCGGCUGCGGAUGGUGUGGGCCCUCAUGCUGCUGCAGGGCGCCCGCCGGCUGCUGGAGUCGUAUGCAUACACAUCGACGAGCAAGAGCACCAUGUGGUUCGCACACUGGAUUCUGGGGCUGGUCUUCUAUUUGGCAACAAACGUCGCCAUCUGGAUAGAGGAUGAGGCAGCGGUCCCGGGAAGCUCGUCGACACUCGACGACGCACAGGCUGUACCGUGGAAGAGUGUAGCCUUAGUACCAGCCCUUCUCACGGCCCAUGUGCUCCAGCACGUAUACCACGCCUACCUCUACCGGCUCCGCACGCAGAACGCCAGCUAUCAGCUGCCCUCGCACCCGCUGUUUCCGAACCUCUUGUGUCCGCACUACACGUGCGAGAUCGCCAUCUACGUGUUGUUAUCGGUAUUGGCCGCCCCACCGGGCAAGCUUGUCAACUGGACGUUGGCGUCCGCGACUCUCUUCGUAGCCGUGAAUCUUGGGGUCACGGCAAGCGGGACAAAGGCAUGGUACGCGGAGAAAUUUGGCGAAGAGAAGGUGAGUGGCAGGAGGAGGAUGAUUCCCUGGAUCUGGUAG